AUGGAAGAAAAACAUACCAUCCAAGGAUCGAACACAUCGAAAUCAAUAAUACAAAAUAAUACCGAUGGAAUCUUAUACAACUCAGACGCAGAAAGACAUCAAGAUUCAAGGGCUGCUAUUAAUCUAGCUCAAGAUUUUAUGAAAGAUUUCAGCGAACCAUCAAAUUUAUUUGGAUUUAAAAUUUUAGUUGAAGAUCUUAGAUUAAAAUUUUCAGCAAAAUUAUUGAUCAACGCACUUAAACUGUUAAGUGAUGUCUCCUUAUUUGAUUAUUAUACAGAAGAUAUCAUUUCGCAUUUCGAAUUACAUCUUCGUACUUGGGUUGCAACUCUUGAAAAAGUGGUCUGUUCUUCUAUUAUUUUGAACCAAGAAUUUUACGACAAACUUUACAGUAGUUUAGUUAGCUUUAUUGAUAUUCAUUAUCAUAUAACAUUAUUUUUUAAACAAGAAGUUAAUCUUGAUAAUCUUGAUAACGCUGGCGAUAAUUAUUUAAAUUUUCAAAAUUUUAAUAUUAAUUUCUUAUUAAUUCACUUACGAGACAGUUUACACUGUAUACGCAAUAAUGAAGCACGUUCCGAAGAAUUUUUACGACAUGGAAAAGAUUUUAUUUUAAAACUCAUUCGAAUUACUCCUAAAGGUGAUAAGUCCCAAGAUAUUCUGGAAAUAUUUGAAGGACCAACUUUACCAAAACUUGAUAAUUUUUUUAAUUUCAAAAAUUCCAUCCCUAAUUGGUAUCAAAAAUGGCGAGAAUUUUUAUUUCUUUAUUAUUCAUUACAAGAUUUAAUUAGAGAUUCAAAUCAUUACAUUUUACAACAUCGUAAUGAAGCUUAUAUUUUAGAAUUUCUUUGUCAAUAUAUUUUUGAUCAAAAUCUUAAUCAAUCCGAAUUAGAAAAAUUAGAUUUUUCAGAAAUUUUGAAUAAUCAAGAAGAUUUUUCAAGUCUUUUCAUUGAAUAUAGAUUCACUGAUUUACCCUAUUUCUUAUGGUUUGGUUUAUUAGAUUUUGCACAAAAUCUAUGUCGUAAGAUUACACAACAAACCACCUUAACUUUUUUUUAUUACUUGGGUUUAGAAAUUUUGAAAAAAACAAAAUAUGAUUACGUUCAAUUUAAAUCUUUGGAAUUACUUUUAUCAUUAUCUAACAAAGAUCCAGAAUGGUUUGAGAAUUUGGUACAAACAGAAAUCAAUAAACAUUGCGCUUCAUUAUCAAUAGAUUCUCAACAAAAAUUUAAGAAUCUUUUAGAUAAUGUAAACCUAAAACUUCAAUUAGACGACAAAUUUAUUAAAAAUUUAAUUUCAACACAAUAUAAAGAAUCUUGGUUCUUUAAGGAAAAGUUUUCGGCAAGCAAAAGUGAUACUCUGUUUAAAGAAAUAAUUAUGGAACAAUUAACAUGCCCGAUCACUGGUGAAAUAACUGGUGAUUUUCUUAUUUUAAGAUGUAAUCAUUCAAUUAGUUAUGAUGCUAUAAGGAAAGGGGAAAUUAUAUUAUCGAUAGAAAAUAAAAGUAUUGAAUGCCCUUUUUGCAAAACUAUAUUUAAAUUAGAAUCGAUAUAUAAAUUUUCAAGAAAUUCAAUAAUUAAAGUUAAACUUCCAACUUUCAAUAGAGCAAUUAAAGCUUUAAGACGACAUGAAUAUUCAACAGCUGUAAUUUGGUUAACUCGAAUUUUACAUUUUUAUCCUAAAAGUUAUUCUGUUCGAUGUAGAAGAGCGUUGGCAUCUUGGAAAAUUGAAAUGUAUUCACAAGCCUUGAACGAUCUCACGAUAGCAAUUCAACUUAAUCCAAAAAAAUCUCUUGCUUAUAUUUAUAGAUGUCAUAUAUAUCUCUUUUUUGAAAAAGUUAUUGAUGCAUCUAAUGAUAUAGAAGUUGCAUUAAAAAUCGAUCCUAAUAAUAUAGAUGCACUUUUAUAUAAAACAAAAAUAUAUUCUGACCAAAAGAAAUUUAAUGAAGCAAAAUUGGAAAUUAGAAAAAUUUUGAAUAUCGGUAAAAUUAAUUUUGUUCAUCCAAUUUUAUCAAUUUUAUUUGAAAGGUUUGAUAAACCAAAUAAAAUGAUUUUUGGAUUGGGAAAUUCUUUACCUAUUCAACUUUAUGAUAUGGAACAUACUACAAUCUCUGGAUACGUUUUAUUACGAUCGUAUAAUAAAAAAUUAGCAAAGUUAUGUGUUAAAGCUAUUAAUGAUGAAAAUAAUAAUAUUAUAUCUAUUGGGAUCAGAGGUAUUUUAUAUUAUAGGUUAGGUUCUUUCGGUAAAGCUUUAAUUAAUUUUCAAGAAAUUUUAGAGAUAUUUCCAAGUACUAUUGCUUUAGAUUGGUACGAAAAAACAUAUCAAAUGCUUGAAAAUUAUAAUAAUAAAAAACUUUUACGUUUAAAUAAAAUAAUUAGAUUUAGUUUAAAUCAAACAAACACUUUUAAUUCAAAUCAAAAUAAUUUUAAUAUAUUAAAAGAUCAAGAUGAACAUUUUUAG